AUGAGGCAGAAGUUGGCAAUCAAAGCGCGAACCAUUAAAACUCGUGACUCCAAGCUAAGCCUUAUGAAGGUUAAGAAGGCGAUUUCACGAUUUAUCUCCAAGACAGAAAAAAUAGUUCAAUCAGUUCAGCCAAAUGCGCAGAUUGUCUCGAAUGCCCAAAAGAAGAAGAUAAAAUACCCCAAGAAAAAAAGGCCACAGAUGUAUGGUAUUGAUGAAUUGAUGAUUUCCAAGCAGAAUGUGGACACGUCGAAUUGGACUAGUCAGGUCAAUAUUUCUGUCCCACAAGUAAGAGGUAAGUGUCAUUUUAGUUAGAAAUCAAACUUUCAGAGAUACCUGAUGAUCAAUCAGUAGAGAUGACCGAUGACGAAAUCUAUGAAGCUGCUCACUUGAUUAG